AUAAGUAUUAAAGAAAGACUAUACUGUUCAUGGAUUAAAGAAAAUACAAUACGUCGGUCAAUUUUUAUCCUAGGAAAAAGGGCAAACAAAUAAUAAGCGUAUGGGAAAGAUAAAUCGAUGGUGAUAUCUUAUGCUCCAUUAACAAAGCAGUGCAGGUGAGCACAUGGUUAUAUGAUUUAUCAUAAUCAAUUAAGAAAGAUUUUGGCUUCAGUAAUAGGAUAUGAAGAGCUUCUGAUACACAAAGCAGAAACAGAGGAGGAGGAAGAUGGUGGAAGUGUUACCAAAACAUAUCAAAGAUGCUUGGGAGAGAUGGAACAUCAAGGGACUGUUGAUUCUGAGUCUGUCCCUUCAGACAUUUCUCAUCUUCUUCGCUCCAUUAAGGAAACGCAAAUGGUCGAAGCUUCUGACUCUGGUUUUGUGGUCGUCUUACCUCCUGGCCGAUUGGUCGCCGAGUUUCGCCGCCGGUUUGAUCUCCAAGAACCUGUGGAAAGAUCCGAAACCGAACGAAUCUCGUCAGGAAAAGAAGCUUAUGGCCAUGUGGUCGCCGUUCUUGAUCUUACACCUCGGCGGACCAGACACCAUUACCGCCCUCUCCCUCGAAGAUAACGUCCUCUGGACCAGACACUUGUUAGGCCUCGUCUUCCAGCUACUUGCAGCUGUCUUUGCAGUACUUCAGUCUCUUCCCAACCAUCUCUGGCUUCCGACACUGUUCUUGUUCAUUGCUGGUGUCCUAAAAUAUCUCGAGAGGACCAUCGCGUUGAACCUCGCGAGCUCGGGAAAGUUUAGCCACGCGGUGAUCAAGGCCCGGAACUUGAGCAAGGACGAUAUCGAGGAGGCUUUUGAAGAAAGUUUGCCGACAACUCUUCCCGGAAUCUUGAUGUGGUUGUUCAGGAAAAGCAAGAAUCCUCUAAAGAUGGUAAAGCCAGAAAGAUACCUGACCGAUCUCGAGAUCGUGCAGUAUGCUUACGAGUUCUUCAACCACUUCAACAGUCUCGUAUCCAAUCUCGUCUUCAGCUUCGGCGAUCUCGAAGUGAGCAAGAAGUUCUUCGAAAAAACGACUCCAGAAGAAGCUCUGAUGGUUAUAGAAGCAGAGCUCUGCUUUAUCUAUCAUGCCCUGUACUCAAAAGCUGCCGUUCUUCACAGCAAGAUAGGGAUUCUCUUUCGGGUCAUAGCCUCGGGAUCUCUUCUCUGGGCCUUCCAGAAAUUUCAUUACAGUCACCAGAAGAGCCGAGAGUUUCAGGGAGCCGCUAUUGUCGUUACCUACACGUUGUUCUUGGUCGGAAUAGCUCUUGAUCUCGCAUCCACGUUCAUGCUCCUGCUCUCUGACUGGACAUUCGUUGUCCUGAGCAAACUGAAAGGCAAACCCGAGGUUAACCCAUCGAGAAAAGACGCUAUACUCAAUUGGAUCCUCGGUUUCAAGCGGCCACAGUGGAAGAAACAGAUAUCCAGCAAAGGCGACAGCCGUGAAAUCCAUGAUGAGGCACUGACAAUACCAUUUCUACUCGGAAGAUGGGCUGGAAAAAUAUACACGUUCAACUUCACCCACUUCUGUCUGAAAGCAGACGAGAAAAGGGUUCACAAGGUCGAGGACAGAACCGGAUGUUAUGUCAAGCGUCUCACCAGUAUCAUCUGGACAAGAGUUCGAAGAUGUAUCAGCGAUGUCACUAAUCGUUGUUCCAUGAAGAUCUUCUCAGACAUAGAUGAACUUCUCAGAUCUCUUUACCGCUACAUAAUUGACGUCCUCAACAUCGAGGAUCUGCUCCACGAGAUGAGAUUGCAAAGAGCUAUGUCGAGUGAACCCUUGACGAAAACGCUGUGGAGCGACGUAUUUGAGCUGCUGAAACGCAAGUCCCGUCUCGCUGAAACCCUCGAAGAUGCCAAGAAAAUAUCAUCAUCGAGGGGAGAGUGGGCAUUGCGUGGGAUCAGAUCAGAGACAUUGACGCAUUAUGUGGAAAACGUCGACUUUGACAAGAGUCUUCUGCUAUGGCACAUUGCCACAGAGAUUCUCUACCAAGAAGAAGAGCCGACUGAAGAGAAUAUCGCUGAACGUGAAUUCAGCAGAAAGAUCUCAGGAUAUAUGAUGUAUCUAAUGAUCUUUAAGCCCGAGCUGAUGUCAGAGGUCGCGGGCCUUGGAACGAUCACAUUCAAGGAAGCAUUGGCGGAAGCCGACGAGUUCAUCCGUGAGAAUCCGACAGAAGUGAAGCUGACCAGCGACAAGAUCGCUUCCAUGGGAGACGAGGGAGUAUUGGUCGAGGCGAGUUUGAUAGCCAAAGAACUGAAGAUACAUACCAAUGGAGAAAACAAAUGGAGGGUACUGAGCCAAGUUUGGUCGGAGUUUCUUUCCUUUGCGGCUUUGCAUUCCGAUGCUAAGGCCCGUCUCGAGCAGCUUAGCCGAGGGGGCGAGCUCGUGGAUUUCGUCUGGCUGUUGAUGGCUCACUUCGGUCUGGUUUAUUAGUUUUAGCUGCAUUCCAUCUUGUCUUGUUCUUUUCUUUCUUUGAUGCCAUGUAAGUUGAAGCAAAUGCAUAAACACAAACCCCAGAAGCAAAAAG